CAGUCCCCGAGGCCCCGUGGGCGGUGAGCGUGCGCUCCGGCGCCAGCGGUGCGGUCUUCGUGUCGUGGAUGCCGCGCGGCACGGGCGGCUCCCCCGUCAGCGCGUUCCGCGUCGAGUGCCGGCGCGUGGGCCGUGGCGCCGGCAAGUGGAAGGAGGCCGCGUCCGGCAUCCCGCCCGCCAAGCUCGCAGUGCAGAUCGACGGCCUCGCUGCCGGCUGGGCGUACUGCUUCCGCGUGGCGGCGCUGAACGCGCACGGCGAGAGCCCCUGGAGCGUCCCCUCCACGCCGUUCUAUCUCUCGGGCUCCCCCGGGGGGGCGUCCGCCUCCCAGCGAAUGCUCGCCGCCCCCCACAUCUCCGCCACGAAGGCCGUGAGCGACACGUCCAUUCGCAUCAGCUGGACCUUUCCGUCUGCCGCAGCUCCGGCGCAGCCCGUGCAGAAGGUGACCGUCUACUACCGCCCCACCGACUGCGACAACGAAGAAGACUACCACAAGAAGAUCCUGCACGUCAUUUGA